AUGAGUUAUAGCAGUAACCAUCUGAGUAACUCAAUCAGUCUCAAUGUUAAAGGAACACAUAUAAUUGAUGAAAAAGACGAUUCACAGCUUGUUUCCACAAAUGACAUAGCUUUACCCAACCAGAAGCCUUUGAAUCAUGUUGGAAUUGAUAUUGGCGGAUCUUUAACCAAAAUUGUCUAUUCAAGUAAGCUGGAGAACGGGGGAAAACUAAACUUUGAGAGUAUUGAAACUAGCAAAGUAGAGCAGAUAAUUGAUAGACUCAAGGAAGUACUCAAACUUCACUAUGGCUUCGACCCUGAUAGUGACAGUGGCGAACAAAACGAGGUUAUAAUCAUGGCUACUGGAGGUGGCGCGUUCAAAUAUAACCAGUUGCUGUUGGAUGAAAUCAAGUGUCCCGUUGUUAAGACUGAUGAAAUGCAAAGUCUCAUAGUGGGAUUGGAUUUUCUAAUCACCCGUAUCCCGGAUGAGAUCUUUACGAUCGAUGAACACUUUUCUUACAAUUCGGUCCAAUGUCUGGAAGACCCAAACAUUUAUCCAUACCUACUGGUAAACAUAGGUUCAGGAGUGUCCAUGAUUAAAGUUACGGCCAACAACACGUUCACCCGUGUGAGCGGCUCAUCGGUCGGAGGAGGGACACUGUGGGGUCUUCUAUCAAUCUUAACUGCUGCAAACGACUUUGAUGAAAUGCUGGCUCUAGCUCAAGAUGGUAAUAACGAAAAUGUCGAUCUACUGGUAGGUGACAUCUAUGGUCGUGGAUAUAAUAAGAUUGGUCUCAGUGCUGACGCCAUUGCAGCUUCUAUGGGAAAAGCCUUCAAGAAAGUCACUGCUGAUGUCAAGAUACCAGAAGAUGCUUCUGCAGAAGAGAUACGCGCUCGACGUUUAGAAAGGUUACUUGCAUUUGAUCAGAAAGAUAUUGCCAAAUCACUAUUGUUUGCAAUUUCAAACAACAUCGGCCAAAUAGCUUUCCUGGAAGCUCAACGAUGUGGAAUAUCAAAGAUUUUCUUUGCAGGCUCAUACAUCCGAAACCACCCUCAAACAGUCAAGACCCUGAGCUACGCUGUAAAGUUUUGGUCUAACAAUCAACAAUCUGCGUACUUCUUGCGGCAUGAGGGAUAUCUGGGCAGUCUUGGUGCAUUUUUAUCAAAGCGGGCAUCUGAUGAUGCCCAAUAG